AUGAUGCAAAGUGCGGCGGUCGCCACAGAGAGUCCUGGGAAAGGAGUUCAGGAGCUGUUGGGAGUCACAGUGCAACAGAUCCCGCUGUGUGCAGGCUGCAAUCAGCACAUACUGGAUAAGUUCAUCCUGAAGGUGCUGGACCGAUCUUGGCACAGCAAGUGCCUGAAAUGUGCCGACUGUCAAGUCCAGCUGGCCGACAAGUGCUUCUCCAGGGCUGGGAACGUUUAUUGCAAGGAAGACUUCUUCAAACGAUUUGGGACAAAAUGUGCAGCCUGUCAGCAGGGUAUCCCCCCGACCCAGGUGGUGAGGAAAGCGCAGGACUUUGUCUACCACCUUCACUGCUUCUCCUGCAUCAUGUGUAACCGGCAGCUGGCCACUGGCGAUGAGUUCUACUUGAUGGAAGACAGCCGGCUUGUCUGCAAGGAGGACUAUGAGACGGCCAAACAGAAUGAUGCUGAUGCAGAGGCUGGAGCAAAGAGGCCGCGGACUACAAUUACAGCUAAGCAAUUGGAAACACUGAAAAAUGCAUACAAAACCUCUCCAAAGCCAGCUCGCCAUGUGCGGGAACAGCUCUCUUCAGAGACGGGGCUUGACAUGAGGGUUGUGCAGGUUUGGUUCCAGAACAGAAGAGCGAAGGAGAAGCGCUUGAAGAAGGAUGCUGGCAGACACCGAUGGGGACAGUACUACAAGAAUGUGAAAAGAAGCCGUGGUGGAACAAAGAGUGGGAAAGAGAGCUCAUUGGAGGAUGUAGGCCUCAGUGAUAGUGAGCUGAGUCUCAGAGAUGAUCAGAUACUCUCUGAGCUAGGACACGCCAAUGGGAUAUAUAGCGGUGUGAGUGACGUGACUGGCCGGCAGUUACUGAAUGGGGCCUUCACCGUGGAUGUCACAGGACAGCAGUACCAUGACCUGAGAGCAAGCAGCCCCUACGGAAUACCCCAGUCUCCAUCGUCCAUAGCCUCCGCCCCCGCACACACCCCACUUAUGAACAGCCUCGGUUAUAUUGACAAUAACUUGGGAAUUAUAGCACAAGGAGGACAGGGAAUGGGCCAUGCCCUGAGAAUGAUGACAGGAGGUCCCACGUCUGAUAUCUCCACAGGUAGCAGUGCUGGUUACCCAGACUUUCCAACAAGUCCUGCCUCCUGGCUUGAUGACAUGGACCGGUUUUAA